UCGAGGUUGAAGAAGAUGACCAGGGAUGGCUGGUUCAAUGAUAAAGCUCAUGGUGAAGGAGUUCCACCCCGACUGUUUAAUGAACCGAUGCCAGGAGGCAGAAGAGCUAGAGGUAGAGGAGGAAGAGGGAGAGGAGGGAGAGGAACUGGUUACUGGAGACAGAGGAGGAACACGAAGCAACAAAGGACAAGGCAGAGGAGGAAGUGCUGGAGCAGCGGGAGGAGGAGGCAGAGCAGGAGGGGGGGGUUGGAAGCAAUGCAAGAGGGGCAGUUGGAGGGGGAGGAGGUGGUAGUGGAGGAGGAGGAGGAGAAGGAAGAGGGGGAGGGGGAGGGGGAGGAGGCAGACCGGGAGGAGGAGGAAAUGCAAGCAGUGGCAGUGCUGGUGGAGGCGGUGUGCCAGGACAAGGACGAGGCGGCAGUAAUAGUAGCCGAGGAGUAGGAGGAACUAACGGAGUGGGAGGAGGUGGUAGGGUAGAUGGGAGUGGGGGAACCCCACCAUCAUUAAGUUACACAGACUCUGGUUCCAUACUCUCAAGCCGCACCAUCCUCCACUUCAAACCCGCUAGUUUCUCUACCCCCUCCUUCCAGCCCCAAUUUACACAGACUCUGGUCCCAUACUCUCAAGCCCCACCAUCCUCCACUUCGAACCCGCUAGUUUCUCUAGCCCCGCGACUCGCAUCCUUCUCGGUACAGGGACCACUCCACCCCCUUCCACAACAACACCUAUACCUGUGUUUACCUCUACCAGUUACAACCAACCAAUUCCAACAGUCCGCUCAAUUUUGCCAAGUAACCCCCACCUGUCAGCUCCUGCAAGCAACAGACCCCCUCCAAUUGCACAGGGAACGGGACAACUUGUGCAAUUAUACAGGGCCCCCUUUCCUGCAAUGUCCUAAUGAAACAGGCCACAUCAU